AUGACAAGGCAUAGCAAAAAUAACACAGCCAAUCCUAUAUUUACAUACCAUGAGAGGAAAAAAGUUACCGAUGCAGGAACCUUAAAAGAAAGAAUAGGAAAAGACUCCAUGAGAAAAUUUGAACAAUGCUGGAUAUGUCUAAGAAAUGCAGAAAAACCUGUGAGUACACCACAUGGACAUAUAUUUUGCAAAAUCUGUAUAGUCAAUAAUUUUUUAGCACAAAAAAAAGUUUACGCAAAAAAAAAAAAAGAAUAUGAUGAAUAUAUUAAUGAUAUGAAGAAGAAAAAAAAUGAAGAGACUUCUUACCAGAUGGAACUGGAGAAAAGGAAGUUUGUAGAGGAACUUGAAAAAAUUGAUAAUUGUGAACAUGUUCAGAAAGAGGAACAGAAGAAUCUACAUGAUAUAUCAAACAAUUUUUGGCUAGCACAUAACAAAAAGGUGAAAAAGGAAAUUGUCAAAAAGAAACCUAAUCCACCAUCUAAGAAUUUGACUUGUCCAAUUAGUAGGAAAACAUUAAAAAUGGCCGAUCUAAUAACUAUUAAUCCAGAGGUCUCACGGAACACCGAUACUUCCGGGGAAGAGGAGAGAUGGAUUUGUUCCUAUUCCAAAAAGAACAUUGAUCAUCAUGAGGCUGUUCUCAUUAAAAAAACAGGAAAAAUAAUUUUAAAGUCCAUUUUUGAAAAAUUCAUAUACGGGAAAAAGAACUCCCUAGAAAUUACUGUCGAGGAUGGGGACUUUAUCCAUUUGAAACCUGGAGGGACAGCCUUCUGCUCUCAUAGCAGUGUCGAGAAGACCAUGUAUCGAGAGUCACUUCUAUGA